AUGCAGAGCAACGACAGUGGCACGGGGCUGCUGCUGGGACUGAGUGUGUGCGGAGGGGAAGAGGAUGAGCGCCAGGUCUCCCAGCAGGUGAACGAGACGGCCGCAGCCUCCAGCCUGGCCGCCCACAACCUGUCCCUGAACUGCUGGCUGCAGCUGCUCUCCAGGGAGUCCAGCAUGGAGCUGCACGGGGACAGCGCCAACCUGGCGGUACGAGUCAUUAUCGCCCUGGUCUACCUGGUGGUGUGUGUUCUGGGGCUUGUGGGUAAUCUUCUGGCACUGUUCCUGCUCCAUUCCCGCCACCGAGGCCACCACUCCUCCAUUGAUUGCUUUGUGAUGAGCCUGGCGCUGACAGACCUUCAGUUUGUUCUCACCCUACCCUUCUGGGCAGUGGACACCCUGCUGGACUUCCGCUGGCCCUUCGGCCACAUCAUGUGCAAGAUCAUAAGCUCAGUCACGACCCUGAACAUGUAUGCCAGCGUCUUUUUCCUCACGGCCAUGAGUAUUACCCGCUACCGCUCCCUGGCUACUUCUCUGAAGAUGGGCAGCCCCAGAAUCGCCACUGUCCACGCCAAGUGUGCCAGCGUGGCCAUUUGGAUGGUGUCUCUGGUGGCCACUCUGCCUCAUGCCUUCUACUCCACCACAGUUCAGGUGUCUGCUGAUGACGAGUUGUGCUUAGUGCGCUUCUCUGACUCUGAUUCAGGCAGCUGGGAUCCCCAAGUUCUGCUGGGACUCUACCAAACACAGAAAGUCCUUCUGGGAUUUGUAGUUCCCUUGGUGGUGAUCAGUGUGUGUUACCUGCUCCUCCUGAGGUUCAUUCUGAGCCAUCGCACCGUGGGCAGUGUGAUUGGUGGGAGUGUUACUGAGAGGUCAGAGUGUGAGAAGGGCCGCCACCAGCGCCGCUCCAAAGUCACCCGCUCUGUCACCAUCGUCGUGCUGUCGUUUUUCAUCUGCUGGCUGCCCAACCAGGCCCUGACCCUUUGGGGGGUGCUGAUCAAAUUUGACUUGGUGCCCUUCAGUAAAGCCUUCUACAACGCCCAGGCUUAUGCCUUCCCUUUGACUGUGUGUCUUGCACAUGCAAACAGCUGCCUGAACCCUGUGCUGUACUGCCUGAUCCGACAAGAGUACAGGGCUGGUUUGAAGAAGCUCCUGCUCCGGGUUUCUCACUCAAUCCAGAAUGUUCUCACCUUGGCCCUAAGGGGAAGGAGAGUGGAAGGAGCGCCACCUGGCUUUGUUAUGACGCACAGAGUCACCAAUAUGUGA